UGGAAGUCUUCAUACAGGUGUUCAAAAAUAUAGGUAAACACAACAGGUAACGAUCCCUAACGUAAAGUGUAUGCAGUGGUAAAGUGAAACAUAAGUACAGAUUCUGUUCAAGAUGGUUCAAGUUUUCUGAAUCCAGUCUUUGUCACUAUGGCAACUACAGCAUUCCCAAACAUUUCAGAUGUUGUAUCCUUGGUUACUACAAGUACAGCAAUGGGACAGAGCUCACCCUGGAGUGCGAUAAACAACGGGACAGACAACUCUACUGCAGCAAGUGUACUGACAUCUAUAAACAUGACUGGUGUUAUCACCAACAGCACGACUCCAGGCUGGUCCAGCUUUAUCCCAACAGACGAGGAAAGUUCCUCCAAAAUCAUGAGUCUUAAGGAUGAGACGUUGUUUGUGGCUCUGGUCAUUAUGGGAGGUGUUGUACCCGCCAUCUUUAUUUUUUCAUUCUUCAUGAUAUUCUGGAGACGGUACAAACAACAGAGACAAAGAAGGGAACAAAUGCUGCUUCAAAACUCGCAGGACGUUCCCAUGAAUACCAUUCCAUAUGGCAUGCAAGCACGACUGGAGGCUGGAAUUCUCUGAUCAAAGUAUAGCCUUCAGGCAACCAUCAUCAUGUUGACAGAGGCACUGGGGUGUUAUACAAUCUGAAUAAGGUAGAAAAAGAAAAGCCUUAUGUAGUGACAUCAUUUCCUCUAAUUUGGUCAAAUCAACCUUCUCAAACUGUGAAAAAUUUACAUUUUCCCGAUACAGGUGUAGGAGUCAAUUCUUUCCCCCCAUAAAACUUUCCCCGGGGAAAGAAAUGGCUAGCCAAAAGUUUCCCCGGGGAAAGAAUUGGCUAGCCAAUUUCUUCCCCGGGGGAAACAAUCAGCUAGCCAAUUCUUUCCCCCCCCUAGUUGAAAGUUCCCCCCCCCUGGGGAAAGAAUCAGCUAGCCCAUUCUUUCCCCCCUAUCAGCGAUGUUAGCAGGGAAAUUUUUG